UCAGAAUCCUCCUUGUUGAAGCGUGUCACACUGUCUGCAGGCUCGACUUGCUGAUUAUGAUCAAUGGCGUAUGAAAUUGAAGGUGAUGAAAAUUUUAAUGCUGUGAGGGUGCCAAGCAUUGAUAUGCCAGAGAAUUUUGUUAAUUUGCCCAGAAUUAAGGCAGCGGAUGUGGAUGCUGAUGAGCUGGAAACUUCAACGUGGAGGGACUCUUCAACUGUGAACCAAGCCUUUAUCACAAACGAGUGGACAGUUGCGAAUCAUUUGAGUUCUGAUAAUUUUAUUGAACAGUUAAGCGCUGAUAUGUCCGAGAACUUUGUUGGUUUGCCCAGAAUUAAGGCAGUGAAUGUUGAGGAAGAAGAGAAUGAAACUUUGAUGUCAAGAACUGUUCAGCAUUCUUUUGCUGCAAAUGAGUUGACAGUUGCUGAUUAUAGGAGUUCUGUCAAUUUUAUUGAACAUGAUGAUUUUGACGUGCCUGAGACCUUUAUUGGUUUGCCCAAAAUUAAGGUAUUGAAUGCUGAAGAAGAGGAUAUGGAAAUGUUGAUGUUAAGGGAAUUUCCAACCUUUGAUCAAUCAUAUAAUGCAAAGGAUUUGACAUUUGCUGGCGACUUGAGCUCUGGUAAUUUGAUCGAAGAUGAAAACGGACAUGAGAGUUUCAUGGCAGAUAAGAGAUUGGCCGAUGUAGAAUACGAGCAGACUCUUGACAAAGUUGUAGAAAAUAGAGUAGCUCAAGAAGAAUAUUCGAUGGCGACUGAUACAUGUAUUAUAUUACAGGAUUCACGAAUCAGUUUGAAUACUGAGCAACUUGGCAAAGUAAAGAUAGCAUCAGAUGAGCUAGAGAAUGAAGAAGACUUCAAACUAGAUGACACGCAUAGGUUGGCAGGAGACACCCUAAAUAUUAUAGAGGUUGAUGCAGUAAGAGUGAAAUCCAUACCACAAAGAAAGUUAGAGGCGGAGGCCAAAGAAGCAACUGAAAUGGGAGAAGGAACUUCAGUUAUGAUUGGUGACUUCGGCCUGUUAAUUUCCAAUAUUGAGGAUCUAAAGAAAAGCAAAUGUCUGAAAACGGAUACUUCUGCCCAUGUUCUGCGAGAACAGAACCCUGAAACACAGAUUGAACUAGUUUUAGAUGCCAAUAGUAUGGAAUGUACAGGAAGUGGAUCUUGCCUCCCAACUCUAGAAGCUGCAGCUACUGGUAGUCGAGGAUCCAAUCUUGACAUAAAAUGUGAGAAUGAGAAGCUGAGAAGCACAUACAAAUCUACAAUUAAUUCAAAAAUCAAUUUGAAUGACGCUUCUGCUAGUUUCGAAUUCAGUAUCAAUGAUGCUUGCAAAUGUAAGAAUAUUCCUACUGCUGAGUCUGCUAAAUUUUCAGAGCCAGGACUAAUUCAACAGACUGUAUAUUUGGAAAAUGAUUCAGAAGAUAAGCUGUGUAGUGAUUGCCAUUCGCAUGGCCAUGUAGAAAGAGGUCCCAAUUUGGGGGAGACUGUAAAAAGACAGCCUACUGUUGAGUUAAGUGCAAUGAGCCACGAAUCAAAGAGAUCUGGUUCUUCUCUAGUUGGGGAUGCAGAAGGCUUGAUUUCAGCUGGCCAUGAGCAGUUUAUGGAACAAAUUUCAGCUCUUUCUGUUCUUUUGGGUUCAGAGGGUCCUUCUGAUAAGAACUGUCAACAAGAGCAGCCGGGCCAAAUCUCACGCGAGAGAUUAAACUUGCUGAAAGAUGAUGAAUUUUUCCUAUAUGCAAUUAGUAAUGGUGAGUUAAAUUGCAACAGACUUACAUUCACCUCUGCUGAUGAAUCAAACGUUAUCAUUGAGAAAGAUCUUCCUAAUCUCACUGCCUUGCUAGAUUUUGAAAGUCAGAAUGGAUCCAAGCACAACGUAAGUGCUAAAGAAAAGGAAAAGGUUAAGAAGAUACAGCCCUUAAGUGUGAAGUUCCUGAGGCUUAUCCAACGAAUCAAUCUAUCUCUCGAAGAUCCCUUUGUUUCGAAAAUUUUAUGCAGAUUAGUUGCAGAUAUUGGAAGACUUUCUACUCAGGAUUUUGUCAUUGAAUCAGCUAAAAUUCUGGCUAAGAAGCUUGAAGAAAAACAUGACGAUGAUUUAGACUUUUCUCUGAACAUUCUAGUUCUUGGGAGAAGCGGAGUGGGAAAGAAUGACGGCAGAAAUGCUUUGAUGUUAGAUCGCACUAUCUUCUAUCCGCAAGGUGGUGGUCAGCCGGCCGACACUGGCUUCAUACGCAUUUCUGGUUCAGACUGCAAGUUUGUGGUUCAAGACGUCCGAUCAAAAGAUGGAAUUGUUUUCCACUAUGGAUUAUUUGAGAAUUUGGGCCAGGAAUUUGAAAACAAAGUUGAGGCGGGAAGGGAGGUCACACUGGUUGUGGAUGAUGCCAGGCGAAAGCUGAAUUCCAAGUUGCAUUCAGCUGGCCAUUUACUUGAUCUGUGUCUGCCCAGAAUAGGAUUGGGUCAUUUAGAGCCCGGCAAAGCCUACCAUUUUCCUGAUGGGCCCUGGGUAGAAUAUAAAGGAACGGUUCCACAAAAUGAAAUGCAGAACAAGCAGAAAAAUUUAGAGCUAGAGGCUAAUCGGCUAAUUUCUGUGGGAGGAAAAGUUUAUGUUGCUACGUUACGAUAUGAUGAAGCUGCUGAGCUUUGUGGCGGUUGCCUUCCUGAUUAUGUUCCCAAGGAAAGCACACCUCGGAUUGUGAGGAUGGGAGAUAGUCCUGGCUGUCCCUGUGGUGGUACCCAUGUUUCUGAUAUUUCAGAUAUUGUAAGCAUUAAGGUUUCUCAGAUUCGCUCAAAGAAAGGAUCAACAAAAGUCUUCUACAAUGUUGAGUCCUAAUGCUAUGCACUUAGAACCAGCCAUUCAGGAGAUGCUGUCGGGAACUCCAUAGUGAGGCCAACUUUCAGUCCUGAAAGGAGAUAGCUAUGUAUUACUGAACAAUGCUUCGCUAAAAUACUUAUAAUCACAUAUAAUCGGUUAUGGUUUUGUGAUACCAGCGAAGAUGUUUUAAUUCACUGUCCUUGUUGGAUGGAUCGUGAAUUUGCAGAGGGGAUAUCUGUCAUACGUCUAUAGCUUACUCCCUCCGUCCCUAAUUAUAAGAUUUUUUUUUUGAAUGGAUUUGUUCCUUUUUAUAAGGUUUUUUUUAAAUUUGUCUGAAUAUUUAAUGCAUUGUUGUCUAUUUUACCCCUAACAAAUU